GUCAUCGCUGAAACCGCAGAAGCACGGCAACAAGUAGACGAAGAAGGAAGUAAACACAAACAAAAACAAAGCCGAAGGGGAAACGUCAAAGACCCCGAAAGUGUGCGCGCCGUAUGGGUGCAGAUGUCAGAUUUUGAGUGGCGUCUCUGAGAUAUCGAACUAAUAGAGAGCAAACGAGAGGAAGUGGAAACAAAAACAAAACAAUUAGGUUUGGGCCGUGCGUGAGCGUGCGUGUUUGACGCGAACGCGUACUGUAAACAUAAACAAAGCGCAGAUAAAAGUCAUCGCUUUGUUUACAUACAGUAGGCCGCGCGGGUCGUAGCCGGGGUGGGCAAUUAAAGAGUAGUUUUCAACGCCUGCCUAGAGGGACCGGGCCAUUAUGCUCAAGUAUGAUGAUGAUCUAGUAGCCGGCGACGCCUCCUCGGAAAAGCCGACGACGACGACGACGCCAGCUGAGCUCAAGUGGGCAAUUAAAUUUUAAUGGUGAAGCAACUCAAUCUUAACGACCGUUGCGUCUCGCGCUCUCCCGUUUCCACUCUCUUUGGUCGUCGUAACUGUCAACUCUCUCUCUCGCUUGCGCCGCAACUCUAAUCGCUAUGGGAAAAGUGUAAACAAAGUGUGAAAAUCGGACCCAAUUAAAGGGUUUUAUGUGCGUGUGUGAAACGUGAGAGAAUUUCGUGGUGAAUAAAAAAUUAACGGCCGACGUUAAACGGCGUGAACAGGAAGAGUUCGAAUCAAGAAGAAGAGUCGAAAUGUGGUGCUUAAUGGGCGUCGCGCCGGAAGGCGGCCGGCAGGUCAGCUCCCGGCGGAAAAACGGCGGUGGAAUCUGCAGCAAUUUUCGGCGGUUUAUCAGCAUCGGGAUCGUGCUGCAAAUAAUUGCCAAUUGUGACUACAGUGCCGGUGCGAUACGAUCGGUCCAGCUGGUGGUGGACCCCCCGGCCGUGAGGCGAAGUCAGCACGCAACGCUCACCUGCAUGUACGAUCUGGAAGAUACGCCGCUGUACUCGGUCAAGUUCUACCGCGGGCUGCGGGAGUUUUACCGAUUUUCACCCAGCGAGUACCCCGAGAAGAAGAUCUUCCCCUUUCCGGGCAUCAACGUGGAUCUAUCCCUCUCAAACGCCAGCCAAGUGGUGAUUCGAAACAUCGGAUUUGGGCUGUCCGGGAACUUUUCCUGCGAGGUGACCGCCGAUGCGCCACUCUUCUCCACCGCCACGGGACACCUCCAGAUGCAGGUGGUCGAACUACCUGACAGCGGGCCGACCCUGUGGACGGAACACAGCCGGUACGAGCCCGGGGAUGUCCUGCGGGCCAACUGCAGCUCGCCGCCGUCACGGCCCAGGGCCGAUCUGAAGCUGACGUUGAACAACAUUGUGGUUUUCACCGGCGAGCCCACGGUCCGAGUCACGACGGACGGCCUGGUCAGCACGACGGUGGCACUGCGGCUGCACCUGCAGAGUUCGCACUUUGCCGGCGUCCAGAUGGCCGGUGGCGGCGGCAGCGGAACGCUUCUGCUCCGGUGUACGGCCACGGUAGCCACCCUGUACGAUCGGUACGCGGAGCUGGAGCUGGGCGUGCCCCAGCGGGAUCCGGUGCCGGCCAGAGUAACCCUCACCGGUUCGCGCUCCAGCCCCACCAGCGUCCCAUCGGCGCUGUGUCUGCUGCUGGCAACCCUGCUGCCACUCUUGCUGACUGCGACAUUCCUGACAAGUGGCCACAGCAGCAGCUUCAUUUGCCAGGUUCAGCGAAGAUAGUCAGCUUAAUCCAGCCGAACGCCAUGACGAUGCAUGAUUUUUAUACGUUUAGUAACACACACAAAGAAACACACACACACACACAUUUACAUUGUAUUUAGUAAAGACACACACACACACACAAACACAGCUGCAUUCAUUCAGUCACGCGAGCAAGGAAAUUGAAAAGCCAAAAACACGAGCUAAACUAAAUUUAAUUCCCCCCCCCCCCCUAGAGUUAUGCAACUUGUUGGCUCCCUCUGUUGUAGCAAAACGUAAAUUUGAGUGGCACGAGCAGCGGAUAGAACAAGGUCUGUUAAUUUUAAUUUAACGACAGCGAAGAAAUGUGUGAUAGAAGAAAUAAAUUAAAAAAAAAGAAGGUGGCAAAUAAGGGAGCUGGGGGCGGAAAGUUGCGGAGGUUAAAAAACACAGUGAAUGCAAAUAUGUAGUUAAAAAGGAGCGAGUUUUCCAGACGAAUGAACGCGAUUCGAAUCGAGUGUAAAUUGAAUGAAAGUGGGUGAAAUGUGAAGCAGGAUGAAAAGAAGAAGAAAAAACAGAACAUAUUAUUGCAUCUACUAACCGUUAAUGUAAAUGUUGGAUAAUUAAGCUAAGAGACAGAUAAAUCAUCAUUCGUUUUCGCUCUCGCGUGUGUUUAGUUUGGCACAAAUGACAAACUUAAGAGAGAGAGAAAAGAAAAAAAACGUCAAAAACGA